UCAGGCGGUAUAUUUUAUCAAUGGGUGCGCGGUCACACUCACAAUGUUAUCUUGAACCGAGCGGUUGCUGCUUUGAACAGCGGGGUACAUUCAAAAUUUAAAAAACUGUCGUUGCCAACGGACGUGCUUGUGCUUGUAUCUCCUGUUGUUUUGCCGGAAACACAAAGUGCAAAGUAGUGUGCCACCGCCAGGAUCUUUCUCGGCUCCGCAAUCAAACUGCCUUUUUUUUUGUGUGUGAAAUGCAAUACGCGAUAAAUAGAUAGCGCAACAAUCAAAAAAUAGUUCAAGUGCAAAAAAUAAACGAAAAAAAAAACAAACCAAAUUUUCUACCCCUCCCCAAGACAACAGUAACAAUCAAAAGAAAAGAAAAGAUAUCUGUCAUAUAUCUGUCGUCUUGUCCAGUGGAAACGAAUUAUCAAGCCCGAAAACAACAAAUCAAAUUCAAUCAAAAGGCAGGGAGAAAAACAACAACUAAAAAAAUAAAAACUAUAGAAAAAAGCAAAAAGGAGAAAUAACAGGAGACGCAGCAGCGCAGACAACAACAAAAUGUCUGCCACAAUAGUGCAGAAAUCGCAUUACUUUGAAUGCGGCGACAUAUUCCAGACGGUGGCCAGCGAUCAUCACCAGCCGCAGCAGCAGCAGCAGCAGCAGCACCAGCACCAGCACCAUCAGCAGCAGACAGCGGAUCAACUCGUCCUGGAUAUCAGCAUGGAGCAGUCACAGCCCCAGCAGCACCGCCUCCAUGGCGCCCUCACACGCACCAUCUCACAGCCGGCUCAACAGCGCCACCCUCUGCACCAGCAGCAGAUCCAACAACAGCAGAUCCAACAACAGCAGCAGCAGCAACAGCAGCAGCAGCAGCAGCAGCAGCAGGGUGUUGCCUCCUUGGUGACCAUCAUUGAGAAUCUGGGGAACAUGAAUCUGCACCGUAAGCUCGAGCGCACACAGUCGGAGCCGCUGCCCCAGCAGCCCAUGAACAUAUCUCGCUACAAGACGGAGCUGUGCCGCCCGUUCGAGGAGGCCGGCGAGUGCAAGUACGGAGAGAAGUGCCAGUUCGCGCACGGCUUCCACGAGCUGCGCAACCUGCAGCGCCAUCCCAAGUACAAGACAGAGUACUGCCGCACCUUCCACAGCGUCGGCUUCUGCCCCUACGGGCCGCGCUGCCACUUUGUGCACAACGCGGACGAGGCCCGCGCCCAGCAGCAGGCCGCAGCCCAGGCGGCCAAGUCGGGACAACAGCAGCAGCAACAGCAGUCGUCGGGACAACAGCAGCAGCAGCAGCAAGGACUACAGCAGCAGCUACAGCAGGGACAGCAUCAGGGCUUCCAGAAGCCAUCACAACUCGGAAGCCAGACAAGCAUCAGCCAGAGCAUCAGCAUCAGCCAGAGCCCCUUCUUCAUGCCGCUGAGCCCGCCGCUGAGCAUGAGCACCGGCUCGGACCGGGAGUCGCCCACCGGAUCGCUGUCGCUCAGUCCCACCAACUCGCUGACUAGCUUUCCGUUCCACGAUGCCAUGCCGCUGCAGCACGGCUACCUCUGCAUGGCCGUGGGCUCCUCUGGCGGCAAGCACGGCAACGGCGGCGGCAGCUCCGCCUCAUCCACAUCCUCUGCCUCGGGCCUGGGACUGGGCCUGGGCAUGGCCAUGGCCAUGGGAUCGGCCACGCCGCCAGAGAGCCCCAAUGUCCCCAUCUCGCCGGUGCACACCCCACCACCGUACGAGCCCAGCACCCCGUGCAGCAGCAGCAGCUGCAGCAGCAGCAGCAUGAGCGGCGCAAGCGGAAGCGGAUUGGGAGGACAGGCCAAGCAGAUGCUGCAGAAGAGCAUGAGCACGCCGAUGCAGCAGGAGGAGAUGCCGCGCUUGCCCGUCUUCAACCGCCUCAGCUCUGCCGUGGAGGACUAUAAGCAGAAGCUUCAGUCCAGCCUACUGCCCUAAGCAGCUCCAGCAUCAGCAUCAGCAUCAACACAAACAUCAACACAGUCAAGCCACACGUCACCUUCGCCUUCGCCUUUGCCUUCGGCCUCGUCCUCGCCCAUUCACCCAGUACUGUCCCGCAGCAGUCCUGCAUCCUCCAGUCAUUCAGUCAUUCAGUCAUUCAGUCAUGCAAUCAGCAACAGCAACAUUGAUAAAAUCUCAACAACGACUACCCCGAACCAUUGAAGACUUGAUGGCCUGGCUGCUCCCUGCUUCCCUGGGAUAACUUCGUAUUCACUUAUCCACCGGGGGUCCGCAAUUCCCAUAUCCUUAUACAAAUCCUUACCAUUACCAAAAACAAACCCAAACACAAACCAUCAAACAACAACGAUGAUCUUGACCAACGAACAGCACUCUUCUUCCACAACGGAAACGGAACAGAGUGUUGCUCGAACACACAAAAACAAUUGAAACGAAAUCUGAUCUUGAAAACAAUACAAAUAAUACUUGUAUACACGCACGCGACUGUAUAGAGAUUUUCGGUCUUGCAUUUAUAGGACCUAUUCGCGGACCCCCGCACACACAUUAGAACCCAGGCACUUUUGCUCUUGUUUAAUAUUUAUGCAAAAAUUGUACUAGUUAUUACAUGCGGUCGGUCGUAUUGAGAAUCGAUUAUCAAUCGAUCCGAUCAAUGUAUCAAAAUCCAAUCCAAAACGUAUACAUAUAUACACAAAAAAUAUAUGUACAUGAAUACAUAUAUAUAUGUAUAAAUAUAUAUUUAUAUAUAUAACGUUGGACCGUAACGUUGUCUUCCAAUGCAAUCCAAAACGGAUCGCCGAGAGCCGAGUAGGUUCUUUAAUUUAUUAUCCUGCUAAAUUAUGUAGUAGCAACGUUGUGUACAUAUUGCGAUAUGAGUUGAUAUUUUUUGAUAAACUUUUAUAUAAAUUAUAAAUACUUAUGAUUACGAGACUACGAUAAUAAUAAUGAUAACGAUAACGAUAACAGUAACAGUAACAGUAACAGUAGCGCCAAUGCCAAUCCACUGGCGAACGCUAUUAACGAUGAUAUACCUCUUGCAGUCCUCUGCAAUGCAACAAAACAAAACAAAACAAAAACGAAACAAAAAGAAAAGAAAAAGACCCAAUCACAAUUCAAACAAAAGACAAAGGAGAACAAAACAGAUUUUUGUCAAUUGUUCAUCAAAAGACUAUCGAUAUCGAACGAGCACUACUCGAUAUUCGACUCGAUUCGAUUUGAUUCGAUUCGAUUUUGUUCGGUUCUUGCUCAUGAUAUCUUAUUGAUCAAUUUUUGUGAGACGAACGGAAAUGCUGAUUUAUUAGACACACAUAAUUUAUUUUCACAUAAAUAUACAUACCAGAUA